ACCUACGGUAUCGGGGAGGUGUAUAAGUCCCACCAAGAAGAAGUGAAACAUGUGGACUUCAGACGACAAUGCAAAGGCGAAACGAAACCAAGGAAGCUGAGUACAAUGACGAAAGUGGAUGAGUUAGGAUUUCAGCGGGUCGUAUGCAAAGGCGUUUUCGAUGUGAAAAGAUCGAUCUAUGUUGGUCCAAAGCCUAGAUCCAAGUCCAAAGAUUCCAAAAAUGGCUUCUAUGUUAUUACACCUCUUUUGCCAAUCCCAAAUGAACCAAAUAGUGUGAAGUCCCCUGUUCUAGUAAAUCGCGGAUGGGUUCCUUCCGAUUGGAAAGAGACGUCUUUAGAAUCUCUAGAUCCUGGUGUUGUUGUUGCUGCUGCGGAGGAUGAGUCACGGAAAGCUAAUAAUAAACUAAUAUCCUCUCUACAAAAUCCCUUACCGAAGUUCUGGUAUAAGUUUAACAACCCAAUGAUUUCUGAGGUUAGUAUCUCUAGGGCUAUGCAUGUGGAAGUUGUUGGUGUGAUUAGGAAAACUGAAACUCCGAGAAUAUAUACCAUAGUAUAUUAUCCAAGGUCGCUUGGGGGGUUCUACCUUGAUGUUCCUAAACUGGGUCAAGCCAUGGGAUUUGGUGACGACACAAUGUAUAUAGAGAGUAACCACAUAGAUAUGGAUGAAAGCAAACCUUAUCCAGUUCCAAGAGACGCUGUGAACUUGAUCCUUAGUAAAGAGUUACCACUGGGCUAUUACUACCACACGUUGUUAUGUUUUUGGAGCUCCCUGUUUUGCUUUGGCAAGGCCAAACUGAUUCUUUUGGAAAAAUAUACAAUUUAUAGUAGUAAGCCAAUAGGUGUCCGUGUCCGUUCUAUUCCUAUCUUCACAGUAAUUUUUUUCUUUUAUAUACUUACCAAAAUAUACAGUCUUCGUAUCCUAUUUAGUCAAAUAGACACAAUUGGUGUUGGGUGUGUCACUAAACUCGACUCCAACGAACACAUCUGCGGAGGAAUCAGUUCGAAAGAUGUGAAUCUUCUCAGUCCUUAG